CUGGAGAGAUGCAGAGAGAAAGCAAGGGAGAAGAAACGGGAACAAGGCAGGGAGAGCUGAGAGGAGCAUCUGAGAGGAUAGCUGUCUGUUUGCUCACUCUUGUCUUCUUGCUCCCCCUCCUGUCCUUUCACUUCCACUCACGGCACAAACGCACACUCAACUAGGUAGGCACAGCUGAGUGAGGAGCUCUGAGAGAUGGAAAAAAAAGGUUCCCACGUGAAAGGCAUGAAUCCUCGGGGGAAGAGGAGGGUGCGAUAGAAGAAGACACAGCCAGAGGACAGGGGGGAGAGGAACAGAGUUGAGGAGGAGCAGAUGGACUCAGGACAGGAAACGGUGUGAAGCUCACCGAGCAGCAGCAGUGACAGAGAGCUGGGGAUAAAAGCAAACAUGAGGGAUGGAAGAGUGAGAGGAAGCAACGUGAAGGAAUAGGAGAGAAGAGGAGCAAGCGCUUGUGGGAGAAAGAAACAGCACAAAGGGCAACAGGAAGAGAAAGAUGUGGAGCUCACGCUGUCAUCAGCCAUGAGAGGAUGUGUCACUCUGAGAGGAGCUGACAAAAGAAGUAGGGAAAAAGUGGUCAAAUCGAAGCAGAAAGAGAGAGGACCAAAAGAAAAGCUCCAAGAAAAGGCCAUUAUGAUGAAGCACUCAAGCCCAUACCUUACCUUGGCCAUUCAAUCUCCCGAGGGCUCGGGGGAAAAAGCAGGUGGCAAAGGAGAUGCUGCCAAGUAGGGAUGGACAGGCUGCAUUCCCCACCUGUCUACAUAUUUGAACUUCUCUGGCCUUGUUAAAGAGUUUAUCACUCUGGAAAGUUGAAGAGAAAUGGGAAGUGCACAACUCACGAAGACAUGAAGAAGCAUGGACAUGAACAUUUUAAAAAUAUUUGAUGCUGCACAUAUAUAUUUUUCUAUAAGUAAAGGUAAAGCGUCAGCAUUCAUGCAGAGAUUAUUAACAGUGAUUUGUACAGUUUAUACUUUCUUUGCUUGAUUUUGAUUAACCUUGAUCUGUGGCUACAGCUGUCCACCAUCUCUUGAGGACAAUCUUAGUUCCAGAGGAAGGCAUACAGAUGAGCUCAGCAGGUUUACCUGAGCCUUUGAAGAAACUGUUGUAACCUCAGUCUCUUCUACAUGAACUGGAACUCAAGUCAAUGUAUAGAUUAUUAAUUGCUGUAAUGGAGGGAUCAAUUGUUAGAGAGAUCAGAUAAUAAUGGAGAUAUCCCUGUGUAGGUGGUCUUACUAACAAAAUAAGACUUUUACAACUGCAAAUUGCUUGUAGAACCUCUGGAUGUUGGGGGAAGGACAGAGGCUGCAAAAAUGGUGAGCAAAGAGUCCAACCACGUGCUCACAGGCCAAUCCAAUAGCAAGAGCACCUUGGCAGACAAGCUGCCAGGGACAAUGACUGUACGUUCUGUGCUGCUUAAUCGAGACUCUCCAGAUAUUGAAAGUCGCCUCAAACGGCGCCGCAGCCGCACCCACCAGGUUCGCUUUAAGGACCUGGAAGAUGGCAGCAGCAGCAGCGGCAACAGUGGGACAGGCGACAAUAACGGCCAUAAAAAGCCUGGCACAGACUGUGACAGCCCACAUCCUCUCCGCAAACACAGCAGCAGGUCCUCAAAGCCAUGGGCCGACAGUCUGCAAACAGAGGAUCGACCGCUCCAAACGUCCGUGGUGGGAGCCGUGCGUAGCGACAUGGCAAGUACUUUAGAAGUGGUGGCUGCUUUUUUAGCUCGGGCGCCCCCUCAUCCAUUAACACCUGGUCCAACGCGUCGAUGCUGGGUACCGCCACAGACUAACUCUCUCACUCUGCCAAUGACGCGUAGGUCUAGUACGAGCACCAGCACAGCCAUCCAAACCUCUCCAUGCCUGAAAAAAACACCAUCUCUCUCUUCUAGCCAUGCACGUAGCCACAGCAUUGGGGACUCUGUUGGUGUGGAUGGAGAUGAUGAACAUGACUCUCAAGAUGAGUACCAUACACACAACCACGUGUUGCUGCCUGGAUCCAAAGAUCAGAGCAGACCUCCGACCCCUGGGGAUAGUACCGUGGUGGAACGGAGGUCCAAAGCACCGAGGACGGACAGCAAGUCAGUUGGCCUGUCAAAAGGCUCAAGACACAGCUGCCCACCUUCAGUCCUUCACAGCUCUGAGCCAUGUCACUGUCCCACUGCAUCCUGCCGAGAUGGCCCCAAGCGUCAGGGGAGCAUCACCCCCUCAGUGGUCAGGAGGAGAAAGCGGCUAAACAGGACAACAAGUGAUCCUGGAAAGGAGGUUCACUACUGCACCACUCCCACACAGACUGAGAGUCCAAGUUCACACCCCCUGCCUUCAAGUAACAAACACUGUACAACUCAAGUUCAAACUGAGAGCCUUUCCCCUCCUCCGAAUUCAAAGUACUGCACUGCCCAAAGUCAGACUGAGAAUGAAAAAAAGUUGUCACCUUUGACCGAUGAACAAACCAAAACCCAAAUUCAAACCCCUGCUUCUUCCCCAAACCUACUUUUGGGUACUGAGCAGUGCACGACUCAAACACAAAUAGACUCUCCUUGUCACUCUUCUCCGAAUCAUAAACCUAGCACUACACAGACACAAACUUGCAGCUCAUUUGCUUCCCCACCACUGACUGUAUCACCCAGCUCUGUGCAAACUCAAUCUGACAGCCCUGCAUCCCCACUUGAAACUCAGAACCCUCCCACAACCCAAAUUACUACUGUGCCUUACCAUAAUUACCCCCCACCUACAAGUGCAACAAUACAGACCCCUGAAGACUGCACUGAGCCACCUUGCUCCUCUCCUUCCAAAUCAGCUUGCACCACCCCUCCACCAUCCAAUGCCCCGUCAAUUCCUGCCUCCACCCCCGCACCUUCUGCAGCCCAACAACCUAUCCCCUAUUAUAGCGUUGUGUCUUUAUUAACAGACCCCAGCACAGCUGCUGCCAGCUCUAGUCUUUCUGCAAAUGUAACUCCAUGCCCCACGCAAAACGGCUCCUCUCCCAUACCAAACCCAGUAUCAUGCUCUUCUUUAACCUGUUCUGUCCCGACACCAACCGUAUCAUCACCUUUGGCUCCUUGUAACCCUACUAAACAACCUACUCCCCCAAAUAUAACACAUGAGCCCCCAUUGGAUGUAUUACAUGCUACACAUCCCACAAAUCAAGCACCUUGUACGUUUGUGACUCAAACUGCUCUGUCUUGCACAUCCAUAUCUUAUUACACAACCACACACCCAGCUGGUCCACAUGCACCUCACUUAAAUCAAACUUCACCCUCUUAUGCCACAGUUAUACAAACGGUAGCUCAUUGUAACAUCCCAUGUCAAGGCCUGCAAAAUAACUCCUCUGCUAGCACAGGCUUAACCCCCUACUCAUCCCCGGUCCCAAAACUAAAAUCCUGCACCUCUCCGCCCCCACUUGUGAAAACCUACAUGUCCAGUCUUCAGACUGCGCAGAGUUGUGCAACGCCAACAAAAACUGUUCCUCUAUAUGCAUCCACAUUUCGUGCCGCACCGCCGUACACUCCCCCCUCUCAGGCCCCCUACAGUGCUCAGGAUAAGAGGGGCAUUCGACUACCACCUCCUCCUCCACCUCCUCCACCCUACACUCCACGUAAAAAGGGAAACGAGCCAGCAUGUCCCAGAGUUCGAACACCCAUGCUCAGGGCAGAGAGCAAGGCCAGCAAAAAAGAUAGAGAAAGGAACAAAGAGCAAAAGGAGGAUGUAAAAUGUAAAGAUUCACCAAAGCUCUGUGAGAGAGCCAGCUCUCUGAAGCACAGAGCUCAAACCCCGCCAGUCGCUGUGAUGAGGGGAGAGAGGCACUCCAAUACCUCCUCCCCUGCCAAGGCCUGUUUUAAGCCCAGCUGUCUUAGCUCAGCCCAGGCUCAGCUUGGGGUGCUACACAAAAUGCUCUGCUCAGGAGCCAACGCCAGGCCGAAUACGCCCAACAGCCAACACACUCUCCCCUCAAACCAGCAGGGUUGCUCUGGGGCCGGAGGCUGCUGUGUUUCUGGGGAGCGGCCCAUAGCAGGGCCCCUAUCUCCCACCCAAGCUGACACUCUGAAACAGGUCCAAGAAAUUCUCGGAGGGUUAAUGUCAGGGGCCAGGUGUAAACUGGACCCGUCAAGGGUGACAGAAAAGCUCCUGAGUCCCAACGGACCACUGCAUGACAUGCGUAGCCUGCAGAACCAGCUCCAAAGUCUGGAAGGGGUCCUGGAAACAAGCCAGAACACCAUUAAGGUCCUGCUGGAUGUCAUUCAAGACCUCGAGAAGAAGGAAGCAGAGCGAGAAGGAAGACAUUCCUACAGGACCGGACAGGACAUUGAGAACUGUGGCACCUGCAGGGACUGUGCCUGCAUCAUCUACAGCUCAAUCACUGAGGAUAAAGGUGAAGUACACGUAGAGCAUGACUUCCGUCUGCAGGAGGGGCAGGUUGUACGCACAUGGAAGGUGGGUGACCCUCCAGAGGGCUCACCACAAACGCCCACCCCCACAACACCUCAUCAUCAAGACUCCCCACAAGCUGUGCAGCCUCCUGCCACCACCAAGAAGAACCGGAAGAAAUGCUUCUGGUUCCUCUGACCACCACAGGAUUAAUCAAGAGACUUUUGACAUUAUAAUGCACUGCUCACCCUUCUUUCAAAAGAAAUAUGGCAUCACCUGACUACGGGGAAUUGUUUAAAGAAAAAUAUGAACAUGAACUGGAGGAUUAAAAUGCAAACAUAAAACUGUAGGAGGAGAAUGAGAAAACAAAUGUAUGAUUUUAUCCAUCUCUGUUGGAGCUGAUGAGAAUAGUUUGAAGUGAACAUGUUGUUGCUGUUGUUUUAACUGCUUCUUCAGCACUUACAGAUUUUAUAUUGGUGCAGGAAAGAAAAAAAUGCUGAAGUGCAAUAAAAAGCAAAAGUUUUGUCUGCAAUAUGACUAACAGUUAGGAAGCAAUUAGGAGAUAUAAAGAGAAUAUGUACUGUCAAGGGGCUCAGAACAGAACAGCAGAUAGGAUAGGAUGGGGCAUAUUUAUAAAAGAUUAAAUUAAUACAAUUUAUAAGUGAAGUGGGACAGAGACAGAAAAGAAGGAUUAACUUUCAUUAAUGGACUGAUGAGGGUCAGAACACCAGCUUUUAUACCCAGAGACAUUUAAAAAAAUAAUUAUUAUGACCCGUAUUUAAAAAUUUUAAUAUACUGUAAUUGAUGAACAACUACUACAAGUGUCUACAUGUACAUACAGCACACACACAAAUAAAUAAACUGACAUAUUUGCAUAGAGAGCAUAAUGUGAAUUAAGAAAAAGGGGAAUUGAGUUCUGUACAUAUCAGAGCUAUUCUGCUUGAAUGCUUUAUUUCAGAUAUGGAUUACUGUUGCAUAAAAGUAUUUUACCACAGCUGCCUGAUGUGUGUUGUCAUUCAGAUUCAACACUUUUUAAGCCAUUAACGGUGGAAAGUGGAUGAAGCACUUCAAUAAAGAUAUUGCUUUAUUAAACGUACAUUAUCAUUUUCUGCUAAAUGUUUUUUUUUUUUUUUUUUAAAUCAAUUGUGCUCUCUUCUUUUGGAUUUGAGUAGAGAAAUAAAACCAUGGAAAAGAAAUGAAGGGAUAAUUUACCCCUUAGUGGGACUGAAACCAACUUGGAAAAUAAUCUUGGAAAUCCAGCAAGACAUCGUUUAACAUGCAACGCAGCCUCACUGCAGAGUGUUAUAACUAUUAUAUCACAAUAAAGACU